AUGGUUCAGAUAAUGGCGUUGAAAAGCAAAGGUUCAGCUCCUGUGCCCAACCCUGUUGUAUUUCGUGAUGGUGACGGUGCAUUGCAAAUCUUACCUGCGCUCAUCGAGAAUAUACCAGAAGCAAGAUUGAAUCUUAUUAUUUUCCAUUUGAAACGAGACGACGUACAGUCAGCUUUUAAUUUGGCGAUUGGUUUAAAAGCUGAAACCCCUCAGGAAUAUUUGUUGAAGGCAAUCACUUACUGCAUUACUGGGUAUGAGAAAUCUUCGAAUAAACAUUUGGAAACAGCAAGAGAAUAUUUCAAAGUAGUUGGAGAAUCAGCAGCUGAAUGCGUAAAAUUUCAGUUUUUCUAUUUCCAUGAGUUAAUAGCUUAUAGCUCAUAUUCGGAUAUGCAUAAACCGGGACAUGAAUGGCAAAUUUUAAAAAAUAUUUCCAAUGAAUAUUUCCAGACCAAUAAGCCAAUAGAAAUUUCAGAUACGAUCGCAGGUCGUCAAGCUAUGGCAUCAGCUUAUUUCUUGAUGGAACAAUUUGAUAAAGUACUUAUUUAUCUCAACUCUAUCAAGACUUAUUUUUAUAAUGACGAUAUAUUCAAUUUUAAUAUUGGUCAAGCGUUAUUAGCAUGCGGUAAUUCCAUUGAAGCAGAAUCCAGCCUGCUUUUGGUUGCUAAUGAACUACUUAAAAAACAAUUUCCUUACAUAUUUAGUCUUGCUCGAUCAUAUAUUUUUAAUGGGAAAGCAGCUCAAGCAUGGCAGAUAAGUACGAGAAUGAAGCAAUCCGCCGAAAACUUUUUUAUUUUACGGAUGAUAGCAAAUGAUUGCUACAAGAUCGAAGAGUAUUAUUACUCAGCCAAAGCGUUUGAUGCGAUGGAACGCAUUGAGCCGAAUCCAGAAUAUUGGGAAGGAAAGCGUGGAGCAGUCGUUGGGCUAUUCAAAUUGGUGUCAGAACAAAAAGCACCUCCAGAACAACUAAAGGAAGCGUUAGUGCUGCUGGAGAAAAGUCGCCACCCUCAGGUUGAACAAAUAGCAAAUGCUAUUAGAAAAUAUUGCAAACACAACGAUAUGAUAAUUUAA